AAGUUGGUGGCAAAAGUCGGCCAUUCUAUUAGUUGACGGAAAGUUGCCUUCAAUUUUCUCAGCAAGUUGUCGACAGGUUACAGUAGUAGAUUCUCGCCAACUUUCUGGGAAACUUGUAGUCAACAAUUCAAAAGCUAAAAGCUGUCGACAAUUUGUCAUCAAGUUGAUCGCAACUCAUGUAGACCAACUUUCUGAUUAGAAAUUCUGGCUAUCAGGGUAGUAUGAAUUUGCCGGCAGGUGGCCAUUAAAACUAUCAAGUUAUAACGUAUCGAGAUAAAAGAAGCACGCAUUCGUUAAUUUCUUUAUUCUUUGUGCGCAAUACACUGGUACAUUGACAGUCAAUACGCUUUUUAGCGUAGAUUUAAACAAAGAAUUGAAUUUUUUUUUAUUUGUAUCGAAAUUAUUUGGUGCAAUGGAAGAUUUUCAACUUGUAAAAACUCAUUCUAUGAUUGAAGAACGGACAGUUAUGUACGAAUGGAAAAUAGAUCAAUUUUUUUCAAUGAUGCAAUUUUCCAUACACACGAAAAACUACAGCACAAUCCAAUCACCAGAUUUUUCAACUAAUAAUAAACCUGGUGAUAGUACGUGGUAUUUACAAACUAAUCUUCAUAAUAAUUCUUGUUUGAGUUAUCAGGAAAUGUUUUCAAUAACUUUGACAUAUUAUGGUGGUCCUCAAAACUUGAGAGCCAAAUAUUCGAUAUGUAUUAUUGAUAGUGAAAAAAACAAACAAUGUGAACAAAAAGGAAAUUAUACUUUCGACAAAAGUGUUGGAUAUGCUAUUCAGCCGUCUGUUCAACUAAGUGAACUAUUUAAAAACACAGAUAAAUUAGUACCUGGUGAUACAUUAACGGUAUCCCUUGAACUUACUGAAUUUAUUGUACGUUCUAACACUAUUCCACCCAUCACUAAACUUCGACUAAUAAAAUCGAAAGAAAUUGUUGAGGAUUUGGUAGCUCUUUUUCAUAGUAAAGAAGGCAGUGAUGCUGUUUUAGUUGUUGGUGAUAAGAAAAUUCCAGCCCACAAAACUUUACUAAUGAAUCGAAGUAAUGUAUUUCGUAAAAUGUUAACAUGCCACCAGAAAAACAACAAAAAUGAUGAAGUAAAUAUCCCUGAUAUGAAUUCUGAUUUAUGUGAAAAACUAUUAGAAUUUAUUUACACGAACAAUGUGACUAAUGUUGAUGAAGUUGCUGGACGUUUAUACGAAGUGGCAGAUAAAUAUCAGUUACCAGCUCUUAAAAAGUUAUGCGAAGAAUCAUUCCGUAAGAACGUAAAUGUUGAAAAUGCCGUUCAAUAUCUUGUUUUACUUAACCGUCAUAAUGCUAACGAAGACUUCUUGAAUUAUAUAGCAGAUUUCAUUGCAAUCAAUUCAAAGAUAAUUACCGAAACUGAAGAAUAUAAAGCAUUACUAAACACUAAUCCAGCAUUAUUGUUAACUGUAACAACAAAAAUUUGCAAUCUUCGAAAAAAUAGAAAGAUCAACAUCUUGGAAAAUCAAUACUGCAACAUAAAAUGGAUGUUUUUAAUCUUAUUAUUAUCAGUUCUAAUCCUUAACUUUGGACUUAAUUUAAAUCUUUCUACUUUCUUUUCAUCAUUACUUUCAUUCUAAUAAUAAUUUACAAUAAUUAUUAUAUCAAUUAUAUCAAUGCACUUAAUAUUAUCUUUGCUAGAUCAUGCUCAAAAAAGAUUGUUCUAUAAAAAAAAAGGAUUAUUUUGUAUUCUUAAUUUUUCAAUAAAUACUCAUCCAUAAAAAAUAAAUCAUCACUACAGUUGAGUUUGAAUAGAGAACAAGUUCUUUGAUAUUUUCAUUUUUGCUUAUGAUGGAUGUGAAAAAAAAACAAGAACUGAUCCUCGUGUUACAUAAAUAUCUAUUGAUUUACAUCCGUUAUCAUUAAAAGAUUCAAAUUUUAUUAUGGAAUGAAAUCUAUAAUACUGAAAUUAGCCGACUACUAAAAUUUUUUGAUUUUUAUUUAAAAACUCAUUGAUUACAAACACUUAAUAAAGUAUAUAAUUGUAUCAAACUGAUAACCAUUUAGCCUCAUGAAAUAAUAUUCAGUUAUUUAUGAUGUGCAUUUUUAAAUAAAAAAAUAAUUUGAUUCUGCCCAAGGAAAACUGAGUCCUAGCUCCGAGAUUGAAACGAAACUUUUAACAUCUCGAUCACAUACAAUAUAUGUAAAAAAAUCGCAGUUACUUUGUAGCUCUCUUGUACUUUGAAUAACAUAAAUUGGACGUAAAAUUAAAGUUUCUGUUUUACAUUAAGUUUACAUUUAAUUUUAUGUGCGGAAGAGCGAAAAGUUGAAAUAAAUUUUUUAUGCGUACUUGACGUCAUCAUCAAUGACUUAAUUUAAAUCUUUCUACUUUUUUUUUAUCAUUACUUUCAUUCUAUUAAUAAUUUACAAUAAUUAUUAUAUCAAUUAUAUCAGUGCACUUAAUAUUAU